AUGAGAUCGAUCCUCUAUCUUGCCCUGGUAGGGUUUCUCCAUGCUGCGCUCGCAAUGCCUGAGAGUGAUUUCAAGUCAAUCAGAGGAAGGAAACUUGAAGACGAAGUGAUUGACCACCAGAUGCAUCCACGCCUCCCCCAGAUAGCCACAAGAUUUAAAUCGGCACAUUCUUCCGAAGCAGAAAAAAGUUAUUGGGAGGAAGAGGCGAGUAAAUCCCUUCGCAAUCAGCUGAACAAAAAACUCAAUGUCAAUGUAGCCAAGAAUGUGAUAUUUUUCCUUGGCGAUGGCAUGUCGAUUCCGACCCUGAUGGCUGCUAGAACAUAUCAGGGACAGUUGACGGGGAAAUCGGGAGAGGAGGGCGAACUCUAUUGGGAGACCUUCCCUUUUACCGGUUUAUCAAAGACCUGGUGCUUGGAUAAACAAGUAGCCGACUCAGCCUGCACCAGCACAGCCUACAUGACCGGCGUGAAAACCCAGUACGGAACCCUCGGGAUAAACGGCCACGUGAUCCGCGGGGACUGCAGCACCCAGCGCAACGAGUCGAACCACCUGACGUCGAUCCUCCAAUGGGCGAUGGAAUACGGCAAGUCCUCUGGGUUCGUCACGACGACUCGCGUGACCCACGCGUCACCGGGCGGCGGUUACGCUCACGCAGCCGAUCGCGAUUGGGAGAGUGACACCGACGUCAUCCGGAGAAAACAGAACCCCAAUAAAUGCAUGGACAUAGCAGCUCAGCUCGUAACUCAGGAGCCUGGCAGGAGCUUCAAUGUGAUAAUGGGCGGCGGCAGGAGAGGUUUUCUGGGGAAGAGGACUGUUGACGAUGAGGGGACGAUGGGCGUCCGCACGGACGGGAGGAAUCUCAUUGAAGAGUGGAAACGGGACAAGGCGUCCCGCGGGAGGAGCCACUUCUACUCGUGGAACAGGACCAGUGUUUUGGACAUGAUUUCCCAUCCCGAAAGGUAUGAGUAUGUCCUCGGGCUUUACGAGGCCAGCCACUGCCCGUACCAUCUCGAGGCGUCUCCGGAGACCGAGCCCACUCUUGCGGAGAUGACUGAAGCUGCCAUCAAGGUCUUGCGGAGGAAUGACAUGGGAUUUGUGCUUUUCGUGGAAGGUGGCCGUAUCGAUCACGCCCAUCACGCGGCGUGGGCGAAAUUGGCCCUGGACGAGACUGUGGAGCUGGCGAAAGCCGUUAAGAAGGGGCGAGAAUUGACUUCGAGUGACGAUACACUGGUCAUCGUUACCGCCGAUCAUGCACACACCAUGACCGUCGCCGGGUACUCAGACCGGGGUAAUCCAAUUGCGGGGAAGAGCACGGACCUUGGGUCUGAUAAAUUGGGGUAUAUGACACUCAGUUAUGCUAAUGGACCUGGGUACAUGACUACCAGCAACGGGGAUCGGCACAACAUCGAUAAUGAUGAUGUCGAAAACUUGAAAUAUCGUUACGCAGCGACCGUUCCUCUCCGUUCGGAGACCCACGGUGGCGACGACGUUGCCAUAUUCGCAAGUGGUCCUUGGUCCCAUCUCUUCACUGGUACGAUUGAACAAAGUAACAUUCCACAUUUUCUGGCAUAUGCCUCGUGCAUACGCCAGGGCUCUGCGUGUGACUCGUACCACUGAACCCGAGGAUUUGUGGGAGGAUCUGUGAAACUGUUGGACGCUAAUCAACUCCUGUGAAUAAUGUAAUUUUUUGGAGCGAAAAGUGGAAAGAAGACCUAUCAGUAUGACUUUCAAGGAUAUCCAAGUAUCUUUUACUGUUUGGUACAGGCCACCCUAUAGAUUCAAAUAUUUUCAAUCAAAUUUGCAGGGAUCGGCAUUAAUCAU